UUUAACAAGCUUUUAAAUUCAAGAACCAGAAAUUGGCCAUUUUAUUCAUUCAUUAUUUCAUCCCUUUAAACAAACAUUUAUUCGUUCAUUAUUUCAUUUGUUACAUGGGUCAUAAUGACAGUAUGAACGGGAAACCUACGAGAGGGCGACAGACGCAGAAAACCAUCAGUAAUAUAAGGAUCACCAUCUUAUGUGGGCUCAUAACCAUCCUUGUGCUCAGGGGCACUAUCGGAAUCGGUGACCUAACUGGCUUCUUGUCUGAGGCCGAGGAUCAAGAUCUCGUUAAGGAGACCAACCGGAUACUUGCUGAGAUUCGGUCAGAUAAGGACUUGUCUGAUCCUGAUGAUCAGAAUGAGCUACACUUUAACCCCAAUGUGACAUACACUUUGGGGCCGAAGAUUGACAACUGGGAUACUCAACGUUGGAAGUGGCUCGAGCAAAACCCGGACUUUCCUAAUAUAGUAGGUGGGAAAGGCCGGGUUUUGCUUGUGACGGGUUCACCACCUAACCCUUGUGAUAACUCAAUUGGGGAUCACUACUUGUUAAAGGGGGUGAAGAAUAAGAUUGACUAUUGUAGGUUACAUGGGAUUGAGAUUAUGUAUAACAUGGCUCAUUUAGACAAGGAAAUGGCAGGGUAUUGGGCGAAACUGCCGUUGAUCAGGAAGUUGAUGCUUUCUCACCCAGAGGUCGAGUGGAUUUGGUGGUUGGAUAGUGAUGCACUUUUCACUGACAUGGUGUUUGAGGUUCCAUUAGAGAAGUACAAAGAACAUAACCUUGUGAUCCACGGGUACCCCGAUUUGUUAUUCGAGCAGAAAUCAUGGAUUGCGCUAAACACCGGAAGCUUUCUCCUUCGAAACUCUCAGUGGUCGUUGGACUUGCUUGAUAUUUGGGCACCCAUGGGUCCUAAGGGCGUAGUUAGGGAUGAGGCCGGUAAACUUCUGACCGCGAAUUUGAAGGGAAGGCCAGCUUUUGAAGCGGAUGAUCAAUCCGCAUUGAUAUACUUGUUGAUUUCCCAGAAAGAAAAGUGGAUGAAUAAGGUGUUUGUUGAGAAUUCUUACUAUUUGCACGGAUUUUGGUUGGGUUUAGUUGACAAAUACGAAGAAAUGGCUGAGAAAUAUCAUCCUGGAUUAGGGGACGAAAGGUGGCCUUUUGUGACUCAUUUUGUAGGGUGUAAGCCUUGUGGUAGUUACGGGGAUUAUCCAGCUGAGAAAUGCUUGAAGAGUAUGGAGAGGGCAUUCAACUUCGCCGAUAAUCAAGUUCUUAAGCUUUAUGGGUUUAGACAUAAGGGGUUGUUGAGUCCUAACAUCAAGAGAUUCAGAAAUGAAACUGACAAACCUCUCAAGAUUGUGGAUGAACUUGAUAUACGGAGACAUAUAGUUGCUGGUUCAUCAAAGUUGCUGGUUCACCAUUUUCGGUUAAUGAAAACCGAUUUGUAUCCCGUAUAA